GAACGAGCGGACGCGCCAGAUCGAAAGUAGUCGCGUCGUAGCUUCGACGAACCGAGCGAUAGCGCGAACACCAGAAGCAGAGCCCGUACUGUGGUCCUCGCCGUUUCUUGCCUUGCCCAGUGAGCUCUUCUUACUUCUUCCGAGGAUGAAGAAAUAAGAAACUUCCCAACAAGAACACUGCCAAACGUAUUCCACUUGCCUUCGCGAGACACACUGCACCGGACCAGCCGCAAGGGCGUGAAGUAGAAGAGUAGGGAAAUCACGAAAAUCGUUAAUGCAAGCAGGCGGGAAAACCUGUGAACAGAAGAUUGAGUUUUUUUUCGUGUGAAUUAUUAUUUGUAAAGUUCCCAAAUUAGAGAAUUUUCGUGUGUGAGUUGUGGGGAGGCCAAGCUGGAAACCACAGGCCAAAAAUUCCAGAUUUAAAGUGCUGCAGUGUUGACAUUUGUUUUCCUCGAAAUAUAAGCCACUUAAAAAUAACCCGUCGGAUAGUGACCUCAAACCACAGCAAAGAAGACACCACGAAGUACAGAUCGAAUUAGUACUGGAAUAAUCACUAGAUAUUGAAAAGUGUACAAGUGACCAAAGAGCGGUGCAAGGCAUACGAAAGCAGUGACGACUCGGAGCUCCUUUUUCAGCUGACUCUGCAACGGCCUAAAGCUGGCCACGGUUCGCUGCUAGUAGUACCCGAGCGAGCCCUUGGCCUGGGGCUUCCGGGCGAUCAUCGCUAUGGGCACCCCAGUGAAAUGGUUAAUAACGACCACCCUUCUAGUAUGGUUCGGACAGCAUACAUAUGCGCAAUUUUGGCAAGAUUUAACAGGAGGUGUUGGUUUGUUUAACCGCAACGAGAGAGAUUACGAACGACCAGUGCAGCCCUCUAUCGAUCCCAGUUAUAAUUUAAUCGACACAGUCAGUGGUGCUCGAGGGCCACCAACAAAGAAUUGUACCUCAGGACCCGGAUGUUGUACACCGAAAUGUUUUGCCGAAAAAGGUAAUCGAGGGUUCCCUGGUCCCGUGGGCUUGCAAGGUCCGAAAGGAAUGCAAGGUUUCACUGGUGCCGAGGGUUUGCCCGGUAGCAAAGGUUCCAAAGGCGAACCUGGCCCAAUGGGACCGAUCGGGCUCAAAGGUGAUCGAGGACGAGAUGGUCUUCCUGGGUAUCCCGGAGUUCCAGGAACGAAUGGUUUACCAGGUGCUUCGGGCCCACCUGGCAUCCCUGGAGUAGAUGGUUGCAAUGGAACCGAUGGUCUCCCAGGUUUAUCAGGGUUGAAAGGAGAACCAGGACCGCGUGGAUAUCCUGGUUUGCGGGGUGAUAAAGGAGAGAAAGGUGAAGCAGCGAGAGAAUCCGCGAACUACAAUAAAGGACAAAAAGGAGAGCCAGGGCGAGAUGGCGCUGAAGGACUACAGGGACGACAAGGUGAAACGGGAGAACGGGGGUACGAAGGACGUCCUGGACAACCUGGUAUACCUGGCCCUGCAGGUACAAAGGGUGACAAAGGUAUAAAAGGUAUCUGCAUCAAGGGUGAAAAAGGCAUGAAGGGUGAAAGAGGUGCAGAAAUUGUCUCCGCAAGUGGAAGUGAAACUAUAUCGGGACCGCCAGGACAGAAAGGUGAUAAAGGUGACGAAGGAAUACCUGGAUUUCCUGGUGUAAAAGGUCAGGCUGGAGAUCAAGGACCUAUUGGUGAUAGAGGUUUGAAGGGAGAAAAAGGUUUACCUGGUCCGCCAGGUGUCAGAGGUCGUGAUGGCAAUUUUGGUCCUGUAGGAUUGCCAGGACAGAAAGGAGAUCGAGGAAAUGAAGGUCUGCACGGUUUGAAGGGUAACCCUGGACCAAAGGGAGAGCCUGGUCAAGACGGUUUCCCAGGUAUGCAAGGUAUUCCUGGACCCCCAGGUCCACCGGGUGGUGGUGAGGGAAGACCCGGUGCUCCUGGUCCAAAAGGUCCACGUGGUUAUCCUGGACCUCAAGGUCCAAAAGGUAUUGAUGGAUUCCCUGGUGAUCCGGGACCACGCGGUCAGGAUGGGCCAAAAGGCGGUCAAGGUAUUCCGGGACGACCAGGCCCAGAGGGCUUCCCUGGAGAAAAAGGAGCAAAAGGAGAGCCUGGAGCAGUAGGAUUGCCAGGUCCUCAGGGUCCUCGUGGAUUUCCAGGUGCACCAGGUCCGGAGGGUUUACGCGGUGAACCUGGUGAACCAGGUUUUGGUACUCCUGGACAGAAAGGAAACUCUGGAAUGGCUGGAUUUCCUGGAUUGAAAGGUCAGAAAGGUGAACGUGGUUUCAAAGGAUUGAUGGGCGCUCCAGGUGAUGCAAAAGAAGGUCGCCCUGGUCCAGCUGGUAGACCGGGAAGAGACGGAGAAAAAGGAGAGGCAGGCCGACCUGGUUUUCCAGGUGUCAAAGGAGAACGAGGAGAGAAAGGUGAUAUCGGCGGCCGCUGUUCAGACUGUCGCCCGGGUAUGAAGGGCGAAAAGGGUGAACGUGGAUAUGACGGAAUUCCUGGACGAAUGGGAAAUCCUGGCAUACCCGGCGAACGUGGUUAUCCUGGCGAAAUAGGAUCUGAUGGUAGUCCUGGACCCCGUGGUGCACCAGGUUUGAAAGGAGAACCGGGUAUUACAGGCGCUGAUGGCCCUCCUGGUGAACGUGGAGAACCAGCUCUCGUUACACUGGAUCAAAUCAAAAUGGAGAAGGGCUCAAAAGGAGAACGAGGAUAUCCCGGUAUUGAAGGACCAAAGGGCGAGCCAGGAAUGUAUGGUCCUCGGGGUCCAAUGGGACUUAAAGGUGACACAGGACCGAAAGGAGAUAAAGGACGGCCGGGUGAGCCAGGCAUCGACGGAAUCCCAGGUUCGGCAGGACGUGAUGGAACACCCGGUAGACCUGGUGAAUCCAUUCGAGGAGAGCCAGGACACAAGGGUCAGCCAGGUUAUUCUGGAGAGAAGGGAGAUAAGGGAUAUGCUGGAUUUAAAGGAGAACCAGGUAGAUGCUCAAGCAUUCCUCCGAAUUUAGAAGCAGCUGUUAAGGGUCCACCUGGAGAGCCUGGUGAGAAAGGUUUUAUGGGUCCACCUGGUGUACAAGGAUUCAAGGGUGACAAAGGAGAAAUAGGUUUAACAGGCUUAGCUGGAGCAACUGGACCACAAGGUGCUCCUGGCCCUGUAGGCCCAAGAGGGUUACCGGGUCCACGAGGUGAAAAGGGAAAUCCUGGUCCGAUGGGAUUCCCUGGCAUUUCAGGCAAAGAUGGUAAUCCAGGUAUUCCUGGUUUACCUGGAUCAAAAGGUUUGAAAGGAGAACCGGGUUUGUCAAUGGUUGGACCCCCAGGUCCGAAGGGUAAUCAAGGUUUGAGAGGUCCCAAAGGUGAUCGUGGAAGUGGUGGCGACCGGGGUGAUCCAGGUCCACCAGGCAUGGUUGGCUAUCCAGGUGAGAAAGGAGAUGCUGGAGUUGCCGGUAUGCCUGGUUUGCCUGGUCCUGUAGGUCCUAAAGGUGAACCUGGUCCUAUUGGACCAGUAGGUCACCCUGGUGCUCCUGGUCGGCCUGGUAUUGAUGGUGUGAAAGGGUUACCUGGUUUGAAAGGUGAUAUUGGAGCGCCAGGUGUAAUUGGUUGGCCUGGUCAGAAAGGAGAUACUGGACCCCCUGGAAACGAUGGGUCGAAAGGAUUCCAAGGUCGCAAAGGCAUUGUUGGUACUCCCGGUGCGCCAGGUCUUCCAGGUUUACAAGGGCCGAAAGGCGAACGAGGAGAGAAAGGAGAUAAAGGAGAAUUCGGUCUUAUUGGAAGCCCAGGUUUACCCGGACCUCCAGGUCUACAAGGAAUAAAGGGUGAUAGAGGUUUGGUUGGACCACCUGGUUUGGAUGGCUUGACUGGUCUUCCUGGUGAAAAAGGUGACCGUGGUUAUACAGGAGCUCCUGGUCUCCCUGGUGAACCUGGUGAUUCUUCAGAAAAAGGUCAAAAAGGAGAACCAGGUGCUCCAGGACUACGAGGAGUCGACGGUCGACCUGGUUUGAAUGGUCUAAUGGGACCAAAAGGUGAUCCCGGGCUUCCAGGGUAUGGAAGACCUGGUGCUCCCGGAGAGAAAGGUGAUCGUGGAAAUCCAGGAUUUGAUGGUAUACCUGGUAUCAAUGGAGAGAAAGGUGAUGCUGGCGUCACUGGUUUUCCUGGUUUGAAAGGUGACAAGGGUAAUGCUGGACUUCCCGGUAUUCCAGGUUCGCCAGGAAUGGAUGGCGCACCAGGUCCUGAAGGAACAGCAGGUCUACCUGGACUGGUAGGUGAGAAGGGAUCAAAGGGUGAAGCCGGAUUUAUAGGAGAACGUGGCGAUCGAGGCGAGAAAGGAGAUAUGGGUCCUCCGGGUCCACCUGGUUAUAUGGGUUUAAAGGGUGAACGUGGUCUCGCUGGUGAACGUGGAGCACCAGCACCGGUGCAAGAUGUUAAAGGUGAAAAAGGUGAACCCGGACUGCCUGGUCUUACAGGAGCACCUGGCAAAGUCGGACAACCUGGCUUAAUUGGGGAUUUAGGUAUGAAAGGUGCCCAAGGCAUUCAGGGUCAGCCUGGAUUCCCAGGUCCCCCUGGAUUGAAUGGUUUACCUGGCAUGAAAGGUGAUAUGGGCUUGCCAGGUGAGAAGGGUGAGCCAUGCCCCGUUGUGAAAGGUGAAAAAGGAUUACCAGGGCGACCUGGUAAAAAUGGGCGUGACGGUGGUCCUGGGCCAAUCGGUGAGAAAGGUGAUAGAGGUUUAUCUGGCUUACCAGGUCCAGCCGGCCCACCAGGAUUGCCUGGUCCACUGGGCAGACAAGGCGAAAAGGGCGAUCGAGGAGAUUCUGGCAUUGAAGGUCGUCCAGGAAAAGACGGUUUCACAGGUCCUCCAGGACCUAAGGGCGAUCGUGGUUUCCCGGGCGAAAAAGGAAAUCCGGGGCCACCAGGAUUCCCUGGCCAACAGGGAGAAAAGGGAGACCGUGGACGAGAUGGCCGAGAUGGCUUUAAUGGUCCUCAAGGUGCUAAGGGAGAGCGUGGUCCACAAGGUCCUGAGGGUAUUGCUGGUUUGGUAGGCUUGAUAGGUGAAAAAGGAGAUAAGGGUAUCAGAGGUACCCCGGGUCUAGAUGGUGCGCCGGGUGAAAAAGGACAAAAAGGUGAAACUCCUGUUCUGCCUCCACAACGAAGAGGCCCUCCUGGUCCUCCUGGUUUCGAUGGAGUCAAGGGAGAUAAGGGGCAGCCCGGUUUGGAAGGUCCGCCAGGAAUUCCGGGACCAGUUGGUGCUCCAGGUGAAGUUGGCUUGCGUGGAAUUGAGGGUGCUCGUGGUUUGCAAGGAAUGCGAGGUGAAAUUGGUCUGGAGGGUCGACCGGGUCGAGACGGUUUACCAGGUACUCCGGGUCCUAAAGGAGAAGCAGGUUUGCCAUGUGCCCCAGCUCCAGACUAUCUCACUGGAAUUUUGCUCGUAAAACAUAGUCAAUCGGAAGAAAUUCCACAAUGCGAGCCAGGUCAUAUCAAACUGUGGGAUGGGUAUUCGCUCUUGUAUGUCGAUGGUAAUGAUUAUCCUCAUAAUCAAGACUUAGGAUCAGCAGGGUCUUGUGUUAGGAAAUUCUCAACACUUCCAAUUUUGGCCUGUGGACAAAACAAUGUCUGUAAUUAUGCAUCGCGAAACGAUCGAACAUUCUGGUUGUCCACAUCGGCUCCAAUUCCGAUGAUGCCGGUUACUGAACAUGAAAUGAAACCUUAUAUAUCGCGGUGUACGGUAUGCGAAGCACCAUCCAAUGUUAUCGCCGUACAUAGUCAGUCUCUGGCGAUUCCAAAUUGCCCCAACGGAUGGGAGAGUCUAUGGAUCGGUUACAGUUUCUUAAUGCACACUGCUGUUGGUCAUGGUGGUGGCGGACAGGCCCUUGCGGGACCUGGAUCCUGCUUAGAGGACUUCCGUGCCACACCGUUUAUUGAGUGUAACGGUGGCAAAGGUCAUUGUCACUAUUACGAGACACAGACCUCAUUCUGGCUCGUGUCGCUUGAAGAUUACCAACAAUUCGAGCGACCUCAACAGCAAACCUUAAAGGCGGGUAACUUGCUGUCUAGAAUAUCGCGAUGUAAUGUGUGUAUUCGCGUUUAGUUCUUCUCUUGCGCAAAAAAAAAGAUAAGAGUGCACAAUGACGAUACAAACUUUUAAUUUAUGCAACAGCGUGCCUACCUAAGUUAUUUCUUAGAAGAGAAUUAGAACAUGUUGGGGACUUUGACAAAUAAUUACCGCCAGGGUUUGUAACAAAUGCAAGUCGGAAAAGAAACCAAAAAUAUGUAAAAACUGAGAGUAUGUAAGUAAAAAAGUUGAAUUCCUGUAGCUUUUUAUAAAAGAAGUUUGCAAAUUUAUCUUAGGAACUAUAAAAACUUAGUUGCUAGUUGCUUUUAUUAGUUAUUCUGAAAACAACAUACCAUGUUACUGCCCUUAAAACUCCAAGCGAAAUUUUAGCAAAAUCUGUUGAAUUCUUAAAACUCUCUUUGCAACGAAUUUAGUUAGUUAUUUACGAAGCUUAUUUUUUAAUGAAUAAUACUACUAGUGCGAUUACGUUUAGUGUUUGAUCUGAACUUCUUGAUUAACGAGUAAUAUUCAAACAAAAAACUGCCGCUACUAUUUCGCUUAAUUUUCCGUUCGAGAAGUAUCUGGAAAUGAUCGAUGUGUUCAUGAAAAAGAAAACCUUUAAUAGUUCGAAGAGAAAGUCGCUUGUGUUUCUCUCGUGUUUAUAUAUUAAGGUAACGAUUUAUGUUCUAUUACUGAUUCGAGUGCCAUCAGAGGAAAAUAAUUUCAGGUAAAACUAAAUCUCCACGGCUUAAUAGGAAAGUCCGCCAUAUUACUCUAGAAAUAGAAAACAAAUACUAUGAUUUACAAUUCAAUGGACGUCGGUUGAGAAAACGCAUUUUGUAAACUGUACAUUUCCGUUCUUUUUUUAAUUACACUAAGUGUUAUAACCAAGUAUCUUCUUUAUCUUUGCGUUUUCAGUCUGUGUAAUAAAGUCGCUCAACUCGAAUAAACGUUUCAAAACAAAAAGAAA